AUGAAUUUCAUUGAAGAUAAAUGUAUUGUUGCACAUCAUAUAAUUGAUCAAUUAAAACAAAAUAAAGUAGAUGAUUAUAAUGUAUUUGAUAAUCAUAAAAAAACGUUAAUAUCAAUAUGUGAAUAUUUAAUUGAUUCAGGAAUUAAUUGUGAAUUAUAUGAACAAUGUUUAAAUCAACAAAUAUUUGUAGAAUCAGAUAUUCCACAAGAAUUACAUAAUAAAAGAGCAUUAGCAACAGUUAUAAAUUUUUUUGAAAGUAUUGAACCAUUUAAUAUUGAAAUAGAAUAUUUACCAAAAAUUAUUUCAAAUGUAAUUCAAAUAUAUUGUUCAGAUCCAAAUGCAGAAAUACUUAAAACAAUUCCAUCAUUAAUAGGAAUUGUUGGAAUGAUUUCAAUCUUUCAUUUAUAUUCUAAAUUUCAAAUACAACAAGGAGAACUUAUUCGUCAUAUAAAUAUUUUACUUCCAGAGAGUUCAGAACAACCAUAUGUUGCAUCAUCAAGAAAAUAUUGUUUAUCAGCAAUUGAAGCACUUUUAAAAACACCAAUAAAAGAAGGAAUAACAGAUUCAAAUGAAUAUCUUCAAAAUAUACAAGAAGUUAAAUAUAUUCUUUCAAGAUAUCCAUUAAUUAGAACUAUUGAACAUAUUAAACAUUUAUUAUAUCAAUUUAAAGAAAUAUGUCCUUCUUCUACUUUAAGAAAUGUUUUUUAUAAUUAUUUAAAUGGUAAAAUUGUUUCUAAACCUUUCUCUUGGCCUUCUACUGAUUUCAUUUCUAUUAGAGAAAUUCAAACAGCAAUGGGAUUGGAUUCUACUACGUUUCAAGCAAUUGUAUUUGGUGAAGAUCCUAAAGUAAAAGAUUUUUUACUUCAACAACAAUCGGAUUUAAUUGAAAAUUAUCAAAGUCAAUAUAUUCACCAACUCACAGAACCUCAUAUUCAACAAAAUCAUUUAUUUCUUCAACAAAAAAUUAAAUGUGACAAACAAGAAAAAUCUAAAAAAAAACCUUCUUUAAAAUUUCAUGAAAAUUCUUCUAUUAAAACAGAUGAUGGAACUGAAAAUAAUAAACUUAAAAAAAAGAAAAGAAGAUUCACUGAAGAAGAAACUCAAAAUUUAAUAGAAGGUGUUCAACAAUUUGGUAUUGGUCAUUGGAAAUUAAUUUUAAAUAAUUUUAAAUUCGAUGAUAGAAGUUGUGUUGAUUUAAAAGAUAAAUGGAGAAAUCUUGAAAAUUCUAGACUUAGAAAUAAUAAACAAAAAGUUCCUCCUUCUCAAAUUUCUCAAUUUAAAUCAAAUGGAACAAUAUUACCUCCUUUUAAUUCUGAUAAUUAUUAA